AUGGAAGCCUAUUUAGUGAACAAUGAAGUGGCCUCGAAAAUUUUCCCGCUUUUUCGCGUUUUAUCGCCCAUUACGACGCUGGUGUUGCUGAUUACGGUGGUCGCUUACUAUGUCUACCGGAGAAGACGGGCUCGGUUGGUUUAUCACAUCAACAAACUGCCCGGACCGUACAUGAUCCCUCUGAUCGGGAACGGACUGCAGGCCACCCUGGGCUGCAAAGAUGAGUUCCUCGAUCGAGUGGUUGCCUCACAGAAGCUCUACGGACGUCGGAUCGGGCUGAGCCGCGUUUGGAAUGGACCAAUUCCUUACGUGAUGAUCUCCAAAGCCAGCGCCGUUGAGCCCAUCCUAAGCAACCCGAAGCUGGUGGAGAAAAGUGCCGACUAUGAGUUCCUGAAACCGUGGCUCGGCAAUGGGUUACUAACGUCACCGGCCAGUGUGUGGCAUCCGCGUCGGAAGGCCCUUACGCCGGCCUUCCAUUUCAAGAUCCUAUCGGACUUUGUGCAGAUUUUCCACCGCCAGAGUUUAAUUUUCGUCGAGAAACUCGGCGAAAAGCUAAACUGCACCGAGGAGGAUGGCUUUAACAUCGUUCCGAUGGCUACACUGUGCGCACUGGAUAUUUUCUGCGAAACGGCCAUGGGAUGUUCGGUAAACGCACAGAGCAAUUCUGAUUCGGAGUACGUUCGGGCACACAAAGAAAUUGGUAAAGUCAUUCGUAAUCGACUGCAAAAGAUCUGGCUGCAGCCAGAUUUUAUCUUCAAACGAACCGAUGAAUUUCGGAAGCAUCAGGAGUGCUUGGCAGUGCUGCAUGAAUUUUCCGACAGAGUCGUCACAGAGCGCAAAGCUGAGCUGGUUAAACGUCGUCAGGCACAGGAAGUUGAUCUGAAUAACAACGAUCCACUUGAGAACGAUGAUGGUUCACGAAAAAAGCAACUCGCCUUUUUGGAUCUGCUGAUUGAAGGUUCGCUCGACGGAAAUGGUCUCAGCGAUUUGGCCAUUCGAGAGGAGGUUGAUACGUUUGUGAUCGGCGGUCACGACACAACGGCAGCUGCCAUAUCGUGGAUCCUGCUCCUGCUGGGAGCAGAUCAGGAUGUGCAGGAUCGCGUGUUCAAUGAAAUCGAUCAGAUUAUGGGUGGUGAUCGAGACCGGAUACCGACGAUGCAGGAACUAAGCGAAAUGAAAUAUCUCGAGUGCUGCAUUAAGGAAACUCUUCGACUAUAUCCCAGUAUCCCGCUGAUCGCCCGGCGUUUGACCGAAGAUGUUCAGGUUCAAAACUACACCAUUCCUGCCGGCACGAAUGCGAUGAUAGUGGUCUAUCACCUACAUCGAGAUCCGACGGUCUUUCCCAAUCCAGACAAGUUCAAUCCCGAUAACUUUCUGCCGGAGAAUUGCAACGGUAGACAUCCGUACGCGUACAUUCCCUUCAGUGCGGGACCACGUAACUGUAUCGGGCAGAAAUUUGCUAUUCUGGAGGAGAAAACCGUGAUAUCUACGGUCAUUCGAAAGUUUCGAUUCGAAGCCGUCGAACGACGGGAGGACGUUAAAUUGUUGGGCGAUCUCGUUCUCAGACCACGCGAUGGUUUGAGAAUUAAAGUUAGCCGAAGAUUGUAA